UUGUUAACUUCACGUCCUACGUAGGAUACUGAUAAUAACAUCAGAUCGUUACGCGAAUGGUAAUUGCGGGAUGGAAAUAUACCUACCCAGCAGUUUAAAUGACCCUUGCACGAAGUCAGUCAGUCAGUCAGCCACUGUGCAUCGCUCAUCGCGGCUCGUGAAAGGCUUCUUUCUCGUCGAACAGAUUAAACUUGAAACAAAUAAUAAGUGUCAAAGGAAUCUUUUAAAUUGCUUACAAAUUUGAAUCAAUGAAUUAAAAAUACCAAAGUAUCAAAGUCACGAAUAACUGACAGCAACCGUCAAGUGUAGUUUCUCACCAAACGUUGAAAGUUCAUAUUGGAUUUUAUCAUAUUUGGAUACUAUCUUGUUUGUAAAAACGCUACUUACACAUAUCAAAAAAUAUUAUAAGCGACGAGUUUUUAUGUUAGCAGAUAUUGUUUCGCGACAAACAAUGGCAAAAAAGAAACAUAUCGAUGAACUUCAACCAGCCACGGUGGACGAACAUUUCAAACUGAUUCUAGAAGAUAGAUCGGUCAUCGAUUCGGAAUUCGUGAAAGUAACGCCGGACGACCUUCCAGAAUGGUUCGACGAAAGGUUAUUUAAAUUAGGUCAGGAAUAUUACCAGGAAAAUUUGCUAGGAUUCGCGACUGCACAUUUAGCCGGGUUAAUUGCGAUAUUGGCCGUUCCAGAUAUUCUAGAGGUGCUCCAGUACACGAAGCAGAACAGCACCGUCUCCUUAUCCUUCAAGCGAUUCUCGGAGACGUUGCUGCUCAUGUACAAGUUGUUCAAUGCCGACAUGCUCGACCCGAAUUCAAAGUGGUUCAAGGCGUUGAACGCGAUACGAUGGAAACACGCGAACGCCAGCAAGAAACGGAUUCGGCAGGGUCUUCAUGGGAUCUACCAGAAGGAUAUGGCGAUCACGCAGUUUGGCUUCAUAGGGUAUGUCUUCAUGUGCCCUGAACACGUGGGACUGGCACAUGGAAGACAGGAGCAACGAAUGGGCUUCGAUCAUUUCUGGCGCGUCACCGGUCAUCUGUUGGGCAUAGAGGAUCGGAUAAACAUCUGCAGAAGAACAGUAUUAGAAACAACGGAAGUAUGCAGAAAGAUCGCAAAGGAGAUACUUGUGAAACAUAUGGAGGAUCCGGAUCCAAAAUUUCUGAAAUUGGCAUCGAAUGCUAUAAAUGGCAUGUGGUAUGUCGAUGCGACGAUAAACGUACCAGCAUUUCUUGAUCUCACCUACAAACUGACAGGACUGAAAUAUAAAGAACCUCACGGAUGGUACUCUUAUUACAAUAUGAAACGACGUGAAUGGUUAUUAUACUUGUGCAAUAUUCCUUAUAUCGGUAAAGUUACUCGGGUUAUUUUUAAUUAUACACUGAUAGUAACUUAUUGGUUCCUCGAGAACUAUCCUAUAGCUGCUUGGAUAGCAUUUGGGAAAAAGAAUUCGCAGCUUUGCCCAUAUCCAAAAAUACAGUAAUCUAAUUUUCAAAUAAGUUGAAUUAAAAUUAGAUUAACAAUAAGGUCGAUAAAAGUAAACAUUUCAAAUGAAUGGAUUAUUUCCCGCGUAUUUAUGAAUUAUGAAAUAUGAUAAAGACUCAGCUUACCUUACGUCGAUACUAAUGAAAUCAUUCGACGUAAUCAAUGUUAAUAAUUCCGAUCACUAGAGUUCGCUCGAGGUCUUGUAACAAAUAAAUUAAUUAUUCAAAUGUGA